AUAUCAAUAAUAGCUAUGAAAAAUUAUUUUAAGAAGUUGAUUUAUCAUGAAGAAAAAUUCAUGGCAAAAGGAACGAAUAAACGAGAAGGAACGAACGAGAAUGAAACUUAUCGAACGAUCCAAGCGUUUUUUUUACUUCUAAUCGUUCUAAUGUUGUGUUAUCAUGGUAUACGCAAUGGUAGUUUCCAAUAUGAUCUUUUGGAGAAUGGAGAAACUCGUUAUGGUUAUGCAACUUAUCAAAAAAGAGAAGGAACAUUUGUUAGUUUAACCUUGGGAUAUUCUUUUCAUCGUUCUAUCGUUUACACAGUGACUGCCAUUAUGUUUCUUUAUUCUCUUAUAUCGAAAAAUCCAGGCUGGAGUUUACCGAUGAUAAUUUUAUAUUUUGCCGAUUUGGUAUGUGACGUAAGCUAUGCGAUUAUUGCUGUUUGUCUAUUCUUUCGGAAAUUUUAUCUAUCGACGGCUAUUUUUUAUACGACCCUUAUUAUAUUACUGAUCACUGGAGAAAUAUGGGCGUGGUUGGGUGUCCUUCGUCUUUAUGAGUACAGAGCAUACAAGUGACGGAAAUCAUUUACGAAGACAACAUUUUUUAUGGU